UUUCGAGACCACCCAUUUACAUGUCUUCCCUUAGUUUUCUACUCACAUCUCUUUUUCCUAAUGUCAUCUCCUUCCUACACAUAUCGACGACAACAAACACAAUUUGGGGGCCAAAAAAUAUAUUUUUCAACCCGAAUAGCCUCAAAAACAUCCCCUCCCUCUCCCUCCCUCUUUCAAUGUUUUUAUUUUUCAUUUUCUCUUCAUCAUUCGCCUCGAGCGUUGAAUUUUCUCUAUUUUGUUUUUCCUAACUCUGCGUCUCUUACCUUUUCUUUUGUCUGUCCGUGCCUGUCCGUUCCUGUCGCGCUUACAUUUAGGACACUACUAAUCGGCGGUCAGCAAGCUUAG